GCGAGAACGAGAGAGAGAGAGAGAGAGAGAGAGAGAGAGAUGAAGGCACUGAGUUGGUGGCUGAUGGUGGUAGGUGCGCUCCGCCUCGCCUCCGUCUGGUUCGGCUUCUUCGACAUCUGGGCAUUGCGCAUGGCCGUCUUUUCGCAGACACAAAUGACCGAUGUUCAUGGGCGGACAUUUGGAAUUUGGACGCUUUUGACAUGCACACUCUGCUUUCUUUGUGCAUUCAACCUUGAGAAUAGGGCUCUUUAUGCUGCGACCUUUUUAUCUUUCAUCUAUGCCUUUGGACAUUUUCUUACUGAAUAUCUAAUAUACCAUACAAUGGUUGCAUCAAAUCUGACAACUGUUGGCAUCUUUGCUGGGACAUCAAUUGUGUGGAUGCUCUUACAGUGGAAUGCACAUCAACCUCAGAGUGCCUCAAAGCAAGAAUAAAUCAAAUUUCCAUUUGAUGCAGACAUUGUCAUGAUCUAUCGUAUUAUGUUAUUCCCUUUUCUAAUCUUGGCAGGAGAAAGUUUUGCUUAAGCUACCAUCAUUUUAUCAUCUCCAGACAUGGUUUUCUGAUAUGGAACUCAUGCCUAUCUGGUGAUUCUCUAGUAUAAUGGUUGUGAAUGCCCUCCUUAGGGUUCUUCCCGUUACUUUAAGCACUAAACUAAAGCAUCUUUCAUUAUAUAAUCAAUCUACUGUCAGCUUCCGUUAAUGGCGGUGAGUCUUUCGUUUUCAUUUGAAUGUUAUUCUUCAAAACAUCUAAUCAUAUGCUUAUAACUAUCAAUUUUAGCGUUCUCA